CGCCAUUUUGUUCUGGCAUGUGUUCCGCAGGUCACCUGACAUCUGCUAUGCAUGAAUCAUCCAAACUUCCUUCACUAAAAGGCGUCGGCAUUGCAGGGUACUACUGCACUCAGGCUAGCACCUCAGCAACCCAAAUCACGUGACAUGAGUGUGUUCUGCCCCGUUGGCUCGAGUGCUCCACUGGCGGUCGAUGCUGGCUAUUACACCGUUGGCGCAACCAAUAGUACAAGAGUGGGGCAAGCACUGUGCAACGUGCGACAGCUUUGUCGGGUGUCGGGGUGGAAUUGCGUAUGACUGCCCGUACGGCGGCAUUCCAGGAUUGACCGUCGGGCAAUGCAUUGGUUGGUGUGCAGCUGGCUUCUAUUGCCCUCCACGAAGUGUGUCGGCGACAACCAACAGAUGUGCCGAUGCAUUCUAUUCCGUCCGAGGCCAAGGCUCAUGCAUGCAAUGCCCAUCGAGCCGAUCUACAUUUCGAUGCCAAUCCUUUCGGCUAAGAGAGGGGGUGCAGGCGAUAUUUCGCCUAACGUUAUAUCAGUAAAGUAGUACGUAUAAUUACCUUAACUGAAUGUACUUUGACGCAUGUUAUCCG